AUGAAAAAAUUAAAUUUCACCUUAAGCCUGCUGGCUCUUAUUUCAUGUUUUACGCCCAGUGAGAAUCAAAGAGCCCCCAUCAGACCAUAUCUACCAGACCAGCAGCCACCAUCACUUCUACUUCACAGGCCAAGAUGGGUUCCACCAGGCUUCCGUCCUCUUUUUGGACCAGGAUUUAUCCCACUUCCACCUUCUCCCCCUCACUUUGACCCAGUACUCAUUUCAUCCCAAAGUUUUCUAUCAAGAUUUAGAAAACUCCAACCCUUCCCACUUUAUCAAGCAAGACCUUACCCUCCAGGACUAAUUAAGGUGCCAGCACACAUACGUUCGCCUAAUCCUGAAUAUUCUAUUUACUUUCUCUUCUUCGACACCAAAUCACAAAUGAAAACACCCACCACCACUACGGCAGCCACCAUCAAUUUCAUAAAACCCACAAUGACUCUCACUUCCACAGAGCCCACCACCACAACCACCACCAGCACUUCUAUAGAACCUACACCAGCAACCAUUAGCAUUUCCAGAGACCCAAUCAUCACCAACACAAAAACCACUGCCUCAACAGUACCUUUCUCUUCAACAACAGAGUCUACCAUCCCUACAUCAACAGCCACCACCACCACCACAGCAUCUACUGAAGAUACCACUCAAAUUAUUACUAGCCUGCCCCCCACCCUAGAACUUAGUACCACUAUUCAAGUUACAACCUCCAAUCAAACUACAUCAAGCAAAACAACUUUUAAAAGUUUUUGGAAUAAGUUAAUUUCCUUUUUUGGCUGA